AUGCAUCGCGCGCUGCGUCUGCGUCGCGCUUCAGCGGCCACUGUGCUACCGCGGUGGCGUGCAACACGUUCAUCUUCAUCUGCAACAGCUCGUGCUGUUCUUUUGCGGUCAACACAGUCGUCUUCAUUGCAAAACUCGCGUCGCAGUCACCCAACCCCGCAAUUGACUGACGAACAGCGCGAGAGCAUUGUGAAAAUACUGAAGGCGCGAUGCAAUGCUCUAUACGACGAUAACGAGGCAUACGUGUCUCCGGACGAGGCGCUGCCGCUGUGGCUGCAUGACAUGCAGACACUACAGCGUCAGUAUGCGUCAUCACAACUGAACGAAGAGGCGGCGCGCGCGUAUGAGAGCGGCGUAGCUAUUGCCUCCAAGCAGCGCCAGUUUGAGCUGGCCGCGCAGCUCACGCAGCAGAUGCAGCAACUCGGCGUCCGUCCCACAGAGCGCAUACGUCAAUAUCUCAUCCGCAAUGUGGCGCUGGAGCUCAUUAGCAGCUCCAAGCACACAUCGCUACAAGAUCUACGUGAGAUACUAAAGGACGUGAGCGAAGACAUGUGGCAGCGCGAGAUCAUGAGCGUCGUGGAGCGCGAGGAACGCCCCCUCCAGCUCAAGACGGACAAGGAGUUCGCGCUCUUCCACGAACGUCUUAUUGGCGGCAUCGAAGCGCAAUUGGACGAGUACGAACGCUCACUCGGUGCUUCGAAUGCCAAGGAACUGAAGCUUACGAGAUCUACAGUGCCUUACAACGAGGCUCUUCGAGUAUACGCCGACAACGGCGUCAAGUUUUCCCGUAUGCUGCAGCUCAUGGUGACACGCGACAUUGUAGUGGAUGUGGAGACUUACGAGGCGCUACUACUAGGUGCACGUUGGAACGAGAUCCCUGCUACAUUGAGCCAACUACUGGACUCGAAAAUAGUGGAAGAGCUCACGUCUGCAGCUUCUGCUGCCUCCAGCGACCACGUACGCACUCUGUGGGUUAACGCGAUGAAAGCCAUCGUAUACUCAAGCACGGAACGCUUCAAUUCACUGUCCGCGAGUGUAUACAAGAGAGACGUGGACCAACUACGCAAGGUGUUCAUGUUCGUGGACAAACAGCUCUCCAGUGCCUUCCCCAAGUUCAACUACGCUACAUCCACGCAAUACGAUGAGGUAUACACAAUGCGUACCAAGGCUGCGGCAGCUUGUGGUCUCAUCGCCCCUGUGAAGAGGAUCCUGGACGAAUAUAUCGAGUAUGCUCCGUUAAGUACGGAAGAGAAGCCUGUGCUCUCCAAGCAGCCUUUUUUAGCGGCUCUGGAGAUCUUCCCAUGGUCGCUUAUGGACGUUCUGAUGCUCUCACGUGAGUCCACCUUGGCUCGUGCCGAGAGUCGAGACGUAGCGACAUCUCCGCGUGUGGUGGAGAUGCGUCUAAUGUACGACCGUAUCAUGCGUACGUUGACUAAAGCGCAGAAGACUAUCGACGAGAUCAAUAGCAAAAAAGACGCGGAAGAUGCGGCAUUGGAUGAAAAUGAGCUGCGUGAGCUGCUAAGUCAACAGAACCACGCGAACCAGAUCAUUGGACAGGAGUCCAGAAGAGCCACGACAGUCGAGCGUCGUCUGGAUAACGCGCGUGUUCUUAAGGCCAACCAGCUGCUGAUUAAAGAAUACUUGAAGCGUGGGGACAAGACAGUGGAGUACGUGCUGGAUAAGCUGCUGGACGCGGGCUUUGACGUGGAAAACGACUUGGAUGUGAGUGUAAAACUCAUGGAGCAGUACAUGAAGGCAGCUCGACGCCUGGAUAGGCGUCUCACGCAACGACAGAAGCACGCGAGUCUGCACAUGAUGCAACGUGUCUUCACACAGGCCAACGCGGUGUCUGGAACGGUACAAUCCGGUGGCCUGGACAUGCAAGACCCCGAGACGAGAGAGAAGCUGACCAAGUUCUUCGAGCACGCCGUGUGUGCUGCUGUCCGGUUCUGGCGCGAAGAAGAGACGGACGCUCUUGUACGUCAGCAGCAGCGGCUGCUAGGCACGACACAACUGGCUCCGCGUGAGUACGACCAGCUCAUCUUCCAACGUGUCACGAGUCUGGACGUACGUGGCGCCCACUCUUUGCUGCAAGAAAUGCACAAUGCAGGCAUGAAGCCGUCGCAAGAAGCGAUCCAUCGUAUUGCGCUUGGACUCCUGUACCAACCGCUGGACUACGAGUUGUCGGCUAUGCUGAAUGUGUCGGACCGGGAAGCUAUCGAGCAGGAGCUUGGACUGCGUGACGCUUUGAAACUGGAUGGCGACGAUGAGAAACGUAGUGCGGAGAGUGCAGCGGCUGCGCGGAGUUUGCUGCUUGGUUCGGAUGCUCCUGUGAUGAUCGAAGACCUCAUCGGCUUCUUGCAGGACUGGUACAAUUUGUACGGCGUGGAACCUGUUGGAAAGACCGUCGUGCCUGUACUGGCACAGCUUUUAGACGCUAGCAACUACCCCGAGUUCCGUCGACUGCUGCAGAUCUUGGAGACUAUGGACGGAGGUCUGACCCCUGCGACUCAACUGUGGCUUGAGAAGCGUCUUGAACAACUUGGAGGCAAGACACUGGACGACUUUCGUCUGUAG